UAGCAACUUUGUUGAAACGAUUAAGUUUCGAGCUUCAGAAAAUUUAAAGACAUGGCUGCAGAUGAGACCAAAGUAUUGCCAGAAUCAUAUCCCAUGAAUGGUGGAGAUGGGAAAGUCAGCUAUGCUCGUAACUCCUUCGCUCAGAGGACAGCAGUGGAUGCUUCCAAGAAAUUUAUAAGCGAAGCGAUAGCUGACCUCUCGACAUUGAAUUUGAUCCCAUUCUGGAUUCAUCUAUCAGAUUUGGAAUAGCAGACUUGGGCUGUGCCGCUGGGCCUAAAACAUUCUAUGCAGUGCAAACCAUCAUAGAAGCUGUAGACAGCAAGUACGCAAAGCAGCAUCAGAAAUCUAAAGCUCUAGAAUACCAAGUGUUCUUCAAUGAUCACGUCAACAAUGAUUUCAAUACUCUCUUCAGAACCCUCCCUUCCCCGCUGCGAUACUUUCCUGUUGGAGUGCCUGGUUCUUUUUAUGGCCGCUUAUUUCCUAAAGAUUCUGUUCAUUUGAUGCACUCAUCUAAUUCAUUGAACUGGCUUUCUAGAGUUCCUAAAAGUGUUGGAGAUAUCAACUCCCCGGCAUGGAAUGCAGACAGUAUAUAUUGCACUGGAACUGUAAAAGAAGUAGUUGAAGCUUAUUCAAGUCAAUACAAGAAAGACAUGGAGAAUUUUCUGAAUGCUAGAGCAUUAGAGCUUGUUGGUGGAGGGCUGUUGGUGCUGGUUCUUGGUGGUGUUCCUAAUAGCGUCACUUCAAGUCAAACUGCUAUUGGUAAGGAUUACGAAAUUCUUGGCUCUUGCCUGGUUGACAUGGCGAACAAGGGAUUAAUUUCCAAAGAAAAAGUGGAGUCCUUUAAUUUGCCUAUAUACUAUGCAUCACCUAAUGAGAUUGAGAAAUUGAUUCAAGACAAUGGUUGUUUCAGCAUUGUGAGGAUGGAGACAUUUCCUGGCAACAGAAAGCACAUUUACAAUUCCCAAAUGUGGACACUGAUUGUAAGAGCUGGCUUCGAGGCAAUUAUAAGUAAUAACUUCGGAAGUGAAAUGGUUGAAGAGCUAUUUGAGCUCUACACCAAGAAACACAUGGAUAAUGUUUCUAUCUUUAGUAGGGAUGAUGUUAUAAGUCUCCUACACUUGAAUAUUGUUCUCAAGCGCAAAAUUUAGUGCAAGGAGUGUUAUGACUCCACAUCUACACUGUUCUGCUGCUUUGGUUCUAAUUUUCCUUGAGCUUGGUAAAAAGAAAUAAAACAAUCAUCAUCUCCAGGGACAACAAUUCUAUAUAGACUCCAAUUUGGAAAGUCUUGAAUUCGAAAUUUGAGAAGGGAUGGAUGAUAUUCACUGUGUAAUCCAAAAUCAUAUAUGAUAUAUAAUAAA